ACAGGCAAACUGGGAGGUUGGCUGUUGAGAGCUGUUAAACGUUCACUAGUAAAGAACAUUGGGACACUUGUUAUACUUAUAGGAUGCGUUGGAAUGGUUCUACAUUUCAAUCUGUCCGUGGAAAACAGUCACUAUCAAGGAGAUGUGAAAAGAGAUAGCAAUGCUGAAAUGCAAACAGGACAUUUUGGAUCCAGCGAAUUGGGGAAUCAUAAAAGCAUCAUGACAACUUCAAAGACAAACACUCUGAUACCAGCUGAGAAGUUAGCUCAAAGCGUACAAGCUAAAUGUGAAAGGCAACAUUACUUUCCCAUGCAGGGGAGAUUCAUCACAUUCUCAAUAACCAGCAAUGCUAAGUAUAAGCUCAUGUACUGUCCCAUGUGUAAGUUAGCCUCCACUUACUGGACACGGUUUUUCCAACUCCUCAAGAGACCUCACAGAGACCUGCUCACUCCUUUUGACAUUCCCAUCCAGCAGGCCCCGCCUACCCGAGAGAAGAUGACCAUCAGACUUUACACGCCCACCUCACAGUUUCAGGACUACUAUAAAUUCUUGUUUGUGAGGGACCCGUAUUCUAGGGUAUUAUCUGCAUAUGUGGAUAAAUUAUUCGCACCAAAUCCUACAUUCUGGAAUUCGAUUGGCAAAUUUGUUAACCAUGCCCUUUAUUCAGGUAAAGCAGUAAUAACUCGCUGUGGGGCUGACAUCACCUUUGAGGAAUACAUAAGGGCCAUAAAUUUUGCUCACAAGUAUAGAAGUGGAUUUGGGCACGUUGACUGUCAUGACGACUCGUUUACUGCAGCCUGUCAUCCGUGUGAAGUGAAUUACAAUUUUAUUGGGAAAAUGGAAACAUUUACACAGGAUUCCUUAGAGCUACUUACUGAAAUUGGACUAAAUGCCACAAGGGAGGUGAUUCAAAUGAAAGGGAAGCAACUAGCUGAUGAAGAUGCCAUCAUGGAUACAGUUAGUUCCCCUUUCAGAUGGAAAACUGACAUUGAAAAUUGCAUUUCUUGGCGGGAGGCCCUCUUUAGAGUUUGGCGUAAACUUCAGAUUCGUGGCAUUAUAGGCAGGGACCAAUUUCCGCUCAACGAACAGGAGGCUCAAGAAAUUUCACAACAAGAAUUCAUAAAACUUGUGAAAGAAACGCAAGCAUUAACUCCAUUCAAUGUUCGAAAAACGCAACGAAAAGAGGCCUUUAGAGAAAUAUACAGUCAGGUGAACAAGGUGAAUCUGCAUCAACUGCAAAUAACAUAUCAGAGAGACUUUCAAUUAUUUGAAUAUGAUGCUGAAAACCCUGAUAUUUUCCAUGUGAAGCAAUCAAAUCUAACAUACUUUGGAUUUUUGUCAGUGUAAAUUUUACUUUAUGUACACAUAAUAUUAUUGAACAGUAGUAAUUAAAUUCAAUACAGUUAUUUUCAAUUAUUGAAUAUCCAUUCCAUAUUGAUAUUAAAACAAUGAUUAUGUUUUACUACAAAGUAUAUAAUAAAAUGUUACAGUAUUAUUGAUCUAUAACACUGCUAUAAUUUUGUACAAUAAGCCUGUAUGCAGUUAUUUGUUUUAUUCAAAGCAUGAUUGUACAAUGAAUUUCCAGUUCACUAUUGUUGUGAAUAACAAGACAUCUAUAUGUAGUUAUUUGUACAUUUUAAAGGGACCUUUCAACGUUUUGGUAAUUUGACAAAAUUGAAAAAACAAAAGAUGUGUUUUUGUCAGAAACACAAUGCACCCUAUUGAGCCGCUUUGAAAUAAAAUUUCAAUAUAUCAUUUGGCAGGUUAAGAAAUUAUCUCCCUUUUAAAGCUUAUUACUUCCCGUGGAUUGUAUUUUUUUACUUUUGACCUUGAAGGAUGACCUUGACCUUUCACCAAACAAAAUGUGCAGCUUCAUAAGAUACACAUGCAUGCCAAAUAUCAAGUUGCUAUCUUCAAUAUUCAAUAAAUUAUGGCCAAUGUUAAAGUUUUCGGACGGACACACAGACAGACAGACAGACGGACUGACAGUUCAACUGCUAUAUGCCAUCCUACCGGGGGCAUAAAAAUGUUUCAGAUUUGCAAAUUUUUCUCAUAGUAAAGAUAUUGGCUUGGAAACAGUUAUACUGAACAUUUAACAUGCUCUAAAAUAUCCAUUAUAUGCAUCUUUUGACGAUUUAAAAACCUGAAAAUUAUAAAGCAGUGCACACACGAAACAAAUAAUUUGGAGAGUUCUGUUGUUAUUGCUAUAUUUAGUGACAUUACAAGGAUUGCUUAUUUAAUAUAUAAAAAACACCAAUGACUAUAUGAGCACAGAUUGCUGAUUGGUUUAAGCCAAUUACUAUAUGAGCACGGAUUGCUGAUUGGUUUAAGCCAAUGACUAUAUGAGCAUGGAUUGCUGAUUGGUUUAAGCCAAUCACUAUAUGAGCACGGAUUGCUGAUUGGUUUAAGCCAAUGACUAUAUGAGCACAUAUUGCUGAUUGGUUUAAGCCAAUGACUAUAUGAGCAUGGAUUGCUGAUUGGUUUAAGCCAAUGACUACUGUAAAAUCAUUAAAGUUCGUGUGGUACUAAUUUUCGUGGAUUUCGUGGUUCCGCCGAACCACGAAUUCAAGUACCAACGAUUUUUGAUACAUUUUAAUCCGAAAUCGGUCUUUUUUGAAUGGCAUUUCCGCCAUUUUCUUUUGUUGUCGGUUGUCCGAGAUAUUUGUUUUUUGUAAUAGUAACUUCACUUCAGUAGGUCACAUUACACUUUUAUCUCGACUAAUUAAAAUAUUUCAAAAUUGUAAAUGUUGUUGUUAUUUUCCACGAAUUUGUUGUAAAUUAAAUAUGUUUGAACUAAGAUGUUUAUGAUUACUUAGUAUGAUAAGAACUACGAUGUUAAUGAUUAAUCAGUAUGAAUAACAAGUAGUGUGUUUAUAUAAAAUAUAAAUUUGUUCGCCAUCCAGUGCAUUAAUAAAACACUAAAGUCG